UUCUAGUCUGCCGUUAACAAAUUGGGGUAUGCUUUAUCAACAGAUUACUUACGUGCGCUACAAAGAGAAUACCAUUCGACGAAUUUAAUGAGUAUCAAGUUUUCUUCGCGGCCACUGUCGACUAAUCUUCCUUUAUGUCGCUGGCAGUUGUUUGAGGACCUAGUGUGUGAUGCCAAGUCUGGCCCUAUUGACAGGGUAUGGCUAUCUCCUGGACAUGUGUAUAUAACCAUCAAUGGAGGAACACAUCUUUACACUUUUGAUACAAAGCCGACCAAUAAAACACAUGAGGAAAACCGAGGAUGUCUGGACUUGGCUGACCUUGACCACCCUGUAUUAGAUAUUCUGGUAUCUUCAUCAAAUUACAGUUUAGUCCUUGUGGUUCAGAGGAAUGGCCACGUCCAGUGUUGGAAAUUUCGUGGUGACCUGACAUGGAUGUUAGUGAAGAGGUUUGACCUUUGCAAUGUGAAUAGGUCUGAGGUCACCUGCAUUUGUCUUCACUCUGCACAAGAAACUCUCUACUGGUGUGAGCGACGACCGAACUUAUCCAAUGUUUCUAAUUACUCUGUUUGUAAACGACAGGUAGAUGUAGAUGAAGAUAAACUUGGUGCCAAAGAUUACAACAGUACCCAAGUGGUUUUACAGAACUGUCCCUCAGCAAUUCUCUAUCCUGUCUCAUUUGGUGUUGCCAUUGUCAUCAAGUUGAAACCUCCAUUGGUCUCUAUGGUGAUACUAUGGCUGCCAGUAGUGAGCAAAGUUGUGAUACAUGUAGGUUGUCACCAAGUAGAGCUGUCAGAGUUUGGGACACGCCAACCAAUAGAGUUUCGGAGUCUGGCAUUCAAGCUUGUUGGUUACACAGUACGACUGAAACCAGAAAAUAGAAUGACAGGUGUGACCUAUGACCCCCAAACAAUGGAGGUCAGUGUGAUAGAGGGUGAAAUGCAUGUCAGAACCAUCUCAGAUACAAAAUCAUGUCUUCAGAAAAGCUGCCAGAAGCUUCAUUAUAAAGACGUCAAAGAAAUGGACAAAGUUAUCAAAUGGAUGACAUUCCAAGGUGCUCUGGUUGCAGUGUGUAAAUCACAGGUAUUGUUGUUUGACCUUGACACUGGGCAGCUAGUGGACACCCUUGCUUGUCCAGACACCUCAGAGAUUGUUGAUAUCUGUCAUUCAAGUCCAGGAACAAUGUGGAUGUCGUUUUUCACUCAGAAUAACAUUUAUGUAAUCCAAAGAACAAAGGAGCACACCGAAGAAAAAAUAAAAGAUAUGUUUGGUUUAAACAACUUUCAGACAAAGGCAGUUGAACUGGGUUAUCUAGAACAGCUAAAGACACAGAACUGUGGUAUUCCUGUUUAUGACAGAAUCGCCAAGCUUGGCCAGGCUUGGGAAACAGAGGGCGACCGUCCACCCAGUACUCAGCUGGCAGAGACUCUAAAUCCAUAUUUGAAGGAGUAUUGGAGCCUAGAAAAAUUCCAACAGGAAAUACUAAAUGGAACAUUGGUGUUACCCAGUGUGUGUCCAGGUGAUAUUGAAGAAGAAGUCCUAAGGGUUCUUUGUCCAGAAACAAGUAUUUCCAUGUCCGGCAGACAAGCAUGGCUACUCCUUCUGGCUGAUAAGUACCCACAAGAGGUAUUGGCCAUUCUCAUGAAGCAACUGGAUUUUGACACAGAAGACAUCAGUUCUGCCCAGUUACAGCGCUGGCAGUGUAUCCUAGCCAAGGAUAGUGUUGUCAGUCCUGUUAGUACUAAAGUUGCUGUGCCCAUGUUUGAGCACAUCUGUCGGCUGCUCUUCAUUGUCCAGCCAUCAAGAUUGGUAAACUUUGUGAAGAUUGCCCAACUGAUCAAUGACCAGCGAGUCGGUGUAUCGGCCUUCAUCAGGAGGAGGCAAGCACUUCAGUUCUAUGACCGUGCCAUCAUGUGUCUACCGGACCUGGCUAAGUCACAGUGUGUCCUGGAUGCUACCACUGCCUAUGUCCAACUCCUUCUGGCUAGUGAACAAGAUGGGUGUGAAAUGAAGGCAAUGCAGACAUACAUGAACCAGGAAUGCUGGAGAGAUGCUGUUGAUCUACUCCCCAAGUACACAGACAACCCUGCUCUUCAUGUCAAGUUAUUCCAUACAGUCCUCCUUUGUAUGACACAGAGGAAGGUGUUGGCAGAGCAUGCAGAUGCUCUCUUCAGCAACAUGCCAGUAUGUAAAAGCUUGGACUCUGUGACAUCAGCAUUCCCUCUACAGAACAAAGAUGGCUCAGGAACCAGUAGUGUGAAACAGGUAUUUGCAACAGAGCUUGACCAGGUACACAUUGAACAAAUUCGACCCUAUCUACUGGACAAGGUCAAGGACACUGAAGCAGCCAAUGACUAGACAUCUAUGGAUGAACUGGGACAUAUGGUAGAUCCAUGGUUAUACUUUUUAUCCUGACAAUUGCAGAUUAAUACCCAGAAGUUGUAUUUCUACGACUUCACAAAUUUUUGUGAAAGGAAUAAACUAUUUUUAUAAUUCAUGUAUAGAGGAAAGGAGAGAUGCCAAAUGAUUCAUAAUAAACUCUGUAUGAAUUGUUGGUAAUAAUAGACACAUAAAAGAUAUAUAUGUAUAUUCUGAUCUUACUAGUGCAUAGGUACUAACUACUUGAGAAUAACGUUUUUCAUUUUUUUUCCAAAUACAGUAACUAUUGUUUUGCAAGAUGUAUCACAAAAUACCAGGUACAUACUUUUAUCUUUUGUGUUUAAUACAUUGGUACAACAUGACUUCUCAGCAUUUGUUAUACAUUUGUACAUGUACUUGUAUUGUGUGAUCAAAACUGUUGUUACACUUGACCUUAGGUAAAUAGUUGUAAUAUAAAGAAUUUGGACAACAAUUAUGUACAUAGCAUCAGGGAUUUUUGUGUAUGUUCCUUUAUUAUCCAAAUAUUUUUCAAUGACAAAAUCAUGCACUCUGAGGUUUUUUUUUCCCUUACAGUUAUUACACUACAUGGGACAAUCGUUCCCAAUUUUCCAAAUCUAAAAUGAUUGAUUAAUUGAAAUUGAUUGUGAUUCAGUGAAAGCAUAAGAAUGUGUUACUAGUAAAUAUUGCCAGUGGAGUCAAUGCAUAUUUAUGUCGUCCCAACUUGUAUUCCAGUGCAAUCAAAUAUAUUAUAUUUAUAACUCUUUUUGAAUUGUUUUAUUUUGAAAUUUAGUUCAUAAAUGACAAUAUUGGUGUUAUCUUAUAACCCAUCAAUGUUCCUAUGAAACUUGUGAUUCAUUUUCUACCAGAAAUUAGCUACUAAAGGAUGCUUUCACAAAAAUCAAUCGUUUACCUUCUUAUAGUGGAAUUAGAAUACAUAUGUAUUUAUAUUUUUCUGUUGAAUUCAUUGCAUAUUUCUUAGAAAUCCAUGUAGAUAUAUUCACAUUAUGCAUGAACAUGUCUCUACUUUAGUCAGUAAUGUUCUAUGUAAACAAAAUAUACAACCAUUGAUGAAGUUUGCCCUUCCGUUUUUCCAAAAAUAGGGGUGUGUAAGGCACUCUAUUCAAAGAGCUUAAAAAGCAGGUGAGCUUAUACCUUGGUAUAUAUAUUUAGGGGUGAAUGAUCUUGACCCAUCUUCAAAUUCACCUGGGUCACACGUGUGAAAAAGGAAAAAGAAAAUAAAAGAAAUAUUUCUCUGAAUACUGAUUAACAAAAGGUCCAGGGUCAUGAAUGAAAUCUUGACAGUAUUGUGUUGGGAUGAAGAGAUAUGGAAUUUCUCAGAUAAUGAUCACAAGCCACUUUCAAGAUCACUUGAGUAAAAUGCGAACAAAAUCAAGGAACCUCUGUAAUUAUCAAAGAAGGCUUGGGGUAAAGAUAUUUCAGGUACACUGUAACAUACAUUUCAGAUUUAUUUUGCACUUGGAUGGACGGCAAACAAAUUUGCCAAGUGAACUGAACAUAAAAACAAGUCUUCCAAGAGAUUCUUUUAAUAAGCAAAAGGCUCAAAAUCAAGAUAUUGAUCAGUAGCAUACAGGGAUGAAAGGCUAUCAAGUUAGUUCAAAUGAAUGACCUUGUGAUAUCUAUGAGUUACAAUAGUCAAAUGAGUUGAAAUCUAUGAAACAUGUUCUUCUCAAUAACCAAGUUUAUUUGUAAAAUACAAGUAAAAACAGCAUUAAGUUUGCGAUGAAUAAGAAAGCUGUCAGUCUGAGAAUAUGUAAGCGGUAUAGCAGGUAUGAUACACCUGUUCAAUUUGUCCGUUUAAUUUAAGAAAUUCAUUAUUUCAUGAUUUGUUACAACACAAUUAAUUCAUUAAUUUAUGUAUCUAUUUAGAGUUGUUACAUGUACAUUGUGAUGCGCAAUAUGCAGUUUCAUUGGUUAAUUGUGUAUAUUUAUAGAUUUGUUGAUUUUUACAAUAAAACA